AUGCUGCCCCAUGCCUCAUUCAGUGACGCAGUAUCGGACCUGAAGGCCGCUUUCGCGUGGCUCCGCCUUCAUCUCCCCGAGGCCAUUACGGCGCUCUGCCCAGCCUCCUCCGUCGACCUGGACAGCUACAUUACGGCGGGGGACAGCGCGGGCGGGAUCCUCGCGCUCCUCAUGCCCUUCGUCCUAUCUCCUAAGCCACGAGCCGUAUUCGAAGCGUACGCCAUCACAGAUUUGGGCGAGUAUCAUCCGCCCAAACCGGCCCAUUUCCCGCUCUCCGGCCUCUUCUCUGAAGACGAGAUUAGGGCCGCGCUGGAGGAGAGAGACCCCGGAGGAGCGAUGACGGGGAACCUGUACAAUGUGGAGCUCCCGCCUCCUUUUGGAAGAGUGAGGGCUGAGGAUCUGGAGAAGGCCAUUGGGAGGAGACUGGAGGAAGGAGAGGCGAGGGGCAUGGCUCUGCGCAACGACAUGUCCAACUACUGCCUCAAGCAUAAGCUCACGCUCCCGUUGUUGUUCCGGCAUACAUUCCUCGACAAGCCCAUCUUAGCUUCUGGCUCCCCUUCCCAAAUCGCCAAGGCCGAGGCCGACUUCCAAGCCCAAGUCCAGGCCCUGAGUCCCCUCCACCUCCUCCGGAGACAGAACGAGUACCCGCCCACAGUGAUCUGGCACGGGACGACAGACGGCGGCGUGCCCCACUCCACGCACGCUCUGCCCUUUCUCAAAGAACUCGAUGCGCGCGGAGUCGAUAGCUUGGCCCUCUUUGCCGUCGGCGCCAGCCAUGUCUUUGACGCGUUCAUCGUCGAGCCGAGCGAUCAGGGCUGGAGCGACUUUGUGCUCCCGACCAUGGCUUUCAUAAAGCGGCACGUUCCCCCCGAUGCCGCUUUGGAUGGGCGGGACGGUCGGGAGAGGGCGAAACUGUAG